GUUGAUCUACAGCUCACUUCCUUUCCUGACGCAAGUGCCCGGCAAGGCUGUCGCACGCCUUUACUUGUGGCCGCUAUACAGCAAAACUGGAUUUUAUAACCAUUCAAAGCAGACAGACAGACAACAGGAUAACUUCCACAAGGACGUAGAUUGACAGCUUCCUUCAACGAUGUCUCGUUUCUUUGCCACCGGGUCUGACAGUGAGUCAGAGGAGUCCUCGUCCGCCGAUGAGAUCACCCCUAAAGCACCCGGGACAACUUUCAAGCAGUCGUUGCUUCUUAGUGACGAUGAGGAGGACACGAAGAGAGUGGUGCGCAGCGCCAAAGAUAAAAGAUUUGAGGAGUUGACCAACCUGAUCAAGACUAUCCGCAAUGCUAUGAAGAUUCGAGACAUGGCCAAAUGUUUGGAGGAGUUUGAACAGUUAUGUCGAGCCUUCCUCAAAAGCAAAAAUAUAGUGGACAAAGAGGGUGUUCCACCCUUCUAUAUCCGUCUUCUGGCCGACCUGGAGGACUACCUGAACCAGCUUUGGGAGGACAAAGAGGGCAAGAAGAAGAUGAACAAAAACAACGCAAAAGCCCUCAGCACGCUACGUCAGAAGAUCCGCAAGUACAACAGAGAUUACGAAACGGAAAUAGCUGCAUACAAGGAGAACCCACAGGAGUCUGCAGAUGAAGAGGAGGAGAAGGAGCCAGGGGAUUCUGGCUCUUCUUCUGACAGCGAUGCAGAGGGGGGCGAAGAUGGAGUGUCAGCUAAAUCCUUCUUAAAGAAAAAGCCAGAGCCUUCCUCAGAGGCCAGCAAGUUCCUCAAGUCUGCCAAGGGAUCCGGGGAUGAGUCCUCUUCUAGUGAUGAUGAUGAUGACGACGAAGACUGGGGCUCAGACACUGUAGACAGUGGCAGUGAGAGCUCUGAUGAAGGGGAGGGAAAGAGCGCUUCCCUGGCUGUGGUCUUCCUCAAGAAGGCCCAGGAGAGCGAGAAGAGUGAAAAGAGGCUUGCUAAGAAGAAGAAGCCCAAGAAGAAAGAGCGGCUGGAGGAGGAGGGUGAGGAGGAGGGCGGAGAGGAGGUUGAAGGAGGCUGGGAGAAGGUGAAGGGAGGCGCCCCUAUGGUCAAGGAAAAGCCUAAGAUGUUUGCCAAAGGCACAGAGAUCAACGUACCAGUGGUGGUGAAGAAGCUCAAUGAGAUCCUACAAGCAAGAGGCAAAAAGGGCACAGACAGGGCUGCUCAGAUCGAACUUCUCCAUGCGCUGGCGAACAUCGCUGCCGAGAACAACUUGGGCCAAGGUAUCAUGGUCAAGAUCAAGUUCAACAUCAUUGCCUCCCUGUAUGACUACAACCCUAACUUGGCAGCCUUCAUGAAGCCGGAUAUGUGGAAGAAGUGUCUGGACUGUAUAGAUGAGCUGCUGGACAUCCUCUUUGAACACAACAACAUCUUCAUCGGGGAGAACAUUGCAGAGGACAGUGAGAAUCUGAUCAUCUCAGACCAGCCAUUCAGGGUGCGUGGAUGCAUCUUAACACUGGUAGAGAGGAUGGAUGAAGAGUUUACCAAAAUCAUGCAGAACACCGAUCCCCACUCACAAGAAUAUGUUGACAAUCUGAAAGACGAGGGACGAGUGUGUGGCAUCAUUGACCGGCUGCUCAACUACAUGGAGACCAAGGGCAGCACAGAGGAGAUUUGCCGCAUAUACCUGCGCAGAAUCAUGCACACCUACUACAAGUUUGACUACAAGGCCCACCGACGCAGCCUGGGCCUCCAGGCAGAGUCCAAGUCCGAGCAGGACCAGGAGGAGAGCGAAGGGGAGGACAGCGCUGUGAUCAUGGACCGGCUUUGCAAGUUCAUCUACGCCAAGGAUCGCACCGACCGUAUCCGUACCUGCGCUAUCCUCUGCCACAUCUACCACCACGCUCUGCACUCACGCUGGUACCAGGCCCGUGACCUGAUGCUGAUGAGCCACCUGCAGGACAACAUCCAGCACGCCGACCCGCCCGUACAGAUCCUGUACAACAGAACCAUGGUGCAACUUGGGAUUUGCGCAUUUAGGCAGGGAAUGAUUAAAGAUGCCCACAAUGCCCUGCUGGACAUCCAGUCCUCUGGCCGCGCCAAGGAGCUCCUGGGUCAGGGUCUGCUCAUGAGGAACAUGCAGGAGAGGAAUGCAGAGCAGGAGAAGAUUGAAAAGAGAAGACAAGUGCCAUUCCACAUGCACAUCAACCUGGAGCUUCUAGAGUGUGUGUACCUGGUGUCUGCCAUGCUGCUGGAAAUCCCCUACAUGGCUGCCCAUGAGUUUGAUGCCCGCCGCAGGAUGAUCAGCAAGCAGUUCCACCAUCAGCUCAGAGUGGGAGAGAGACAGCCAUUGCUGGGACCCCCAGAGAGCAUGAGGGAGCACGUGGUGGCAGCCAGCAAGGCCAUGAAGAUGGGAGACUGGCGUACCUGCCACUCAUUCAUCAUCAAUGAGAAGAUGAACAGUAAGGUCUGGGAUCUGUUUCCUGAGACGCAGCGAGUGCGCGAGAUGCUUGUCAGGAAAAUCCAAGAGGAGUCACUGAGGACUUACCUGUUCACGUAUAGCAGUGUUUACGACUCCAUCAGCAUGGGGACACUAUCUGAGAUGUUUGAGUUGGAGAUACCCACAGUUCACAGCAUCAUCAGCAAGAUGAUCAUCAACGAGGAGCUGAUGGCAUCACUCGACCAGCCCACACAGACCGUGGUGAUGCACCGCACAGAGCCCACCUCCCUGCAGAACAUGGCCCUGCAGCUCGCUGAGAAACUGGGCAGCUUGGUGGAGAAUAAUGAGCGUGUCUUUGACCUCAAACAGGGCGUCUAUGGAGGCUACUUCAACAGAGAUCAGAAAGGUGGCUACCAACAGAAGCAAUCCUACAAUAGAGCUGGAUCUGAUCAACCUGCUAGAAGUAGAACAUAUCAGAAAGGCGGUUACCAGCAGAAUAAGGGGGGCUACCAGGGCGGCUACCAGGGGGGCUACCAGGGGGGCUACCAGGGGGGCUACCAGCGAGGCGGCUACAGAAAUCAAAACCAAGGCAACUACUGAGCUUGCCACAUGUGGAUUUCAGUCUCACCACCUAAACUAGUCUUCAUUCCAUAACAACAACAUCAACCUGUGUUUCUGUACUCUGCACUUGGGUGUUUGCUGUUCUUCAUUUGACUCAAACCAGCUGCUCGCUGAUCCUGAAUCAGCUGAACGUUAUCGCAGCCCUUCUCACUGCAGCUGCAUAGUGUGGUAUUUCAGUACGGCUAACUUCUUUGAAUAAAUUAAAAUGAAAAGAGUUUUAUGGUUAUUAUUGCUAAUGGAACAUUUUUCAAUAUAGGCAUUGCAGUGUGGUUGGCUUGUGGCAGUACAGUUGAGCGACAGACACGUACAAGUAUUGAUGACUUAUACUUAUUGAAUAAACAGUAAUAAACUGA